UCGGCGGUCAAAGGGUGUCAGUGAUCCGAUACGCGUUGGUGUUCCCACUUCCAUCUCAAUUCCUGUGGAGUUAUGCGUUAAUCGGGAAAAAUGAGCUCGACAUACGUGAACAACCCGAGGCAGCAGGACCUGGAAGGUUUCUGGAACCAGGAAUACUACAGCGCCGGUUACUACAAUCAAUACCCGAACUUCUGGAAGGCUCAGGACUGCCAGUACCAGAAGCAGGAUCUUCAUCAGCGCAAUUUGCCCUACAGCCAAGAGCAGAAAUUCCAGCCGGCAACCGACCUUCAGUACUACCAAUAUCCUUACCAACACACAAUCCCAAGACAGGAUGAGAAACCAUUCGUAAAUCGGGACAACAAUAAUGGCUCACCGCAGAAACCUCACCUGCCCACUCCUCCACCGGAAAAUCCCGUACCCGAGCAUCCGUCACAGGACGUCAUAUACCCUUGGAUGAAAUCCCAACACUGCUCCAGAAAGUCACCAGGCGCGAAGAGGACGAGGCAGACCUAUACCAAACACCAGACCCUCGAGCUUGAAAAGGAAUUCUAUUACAACAAAUACCUCUCGAGGAAACGAAGAGUAGAGAUCUCUCAUGAACUUUGUCUAACGGAAAGACAAAUCAAAAUCUGGUUCCAGAAUAGGAGGAUGAAGCUCAAGAAGGAGAUUGUCAAACCUGCCAUGGACGCCGCUACUGUUCCUAUGGUCUCCAGCACCACACUUUCGUCCGAGAAUCAGAUAUUCGCUAAGAUGGAACAGAUGCCGGACACUAUUCUCGGUCUCGACCAGCCUAUGUGACAUUGAAAUAUUUGAAAGAGAAAAACUAAAAAAAUGAAUUCAUACAGUGCCUCAUACAGUUGUAAAUAUCCGAUGUUUUUAUUGAAAAAAAAAAAACGAAUUAUUAUUCUAGUCUAUAAUUAUAUUUUUUAAAGAUUUUAUUUAUAUGUAUAAAAAUUUCAAACAUAAACAAGGCUCGAAACUGCCUUCUGUAUGUAUUUUCAAAAAGUGUUCUUUCCUUUUAAGUUAGUUUUGAAGAUUGAUGUAUUUUUAGUCAGGUUUUUACUAGUAAUUUUGUUAAUAUUCAGAGCUCUAAUCAAAAUGUAAAUAUCUAGGUGUUUUAAGAACAUUUUAAUCGAGUCAGUAGGUGUAAGUUCAUGAAU